UUCCAGGGUCCCAGCCGGCGACGGAGCGCCCAGUUUCUGACGUAGCCCAUUGGGAAUUGAUGGCUCUUAUAUAUGGCAUGGUGCGAACACGGAGCGCUUCAUGGAAACUACGGGGAAGGAUGUGGAACUCAUGAAGGCGACUCUUGACCACCAGCUUCCCUCGAACGUUCGCGAGGCUAGGAACCAGCUCUCCGCCGGUGUCAUGCAUGCAGGUCAUCAAGACAUCAUGCCUCCAGAAGGCCUUCAGGCCCCUAUCGGCCCCCGCCCAUAUCGCCAGGGCGCCACGUGCCCAGAAGUCUUUCAGACUCCUAUCCCCUCACGGCUGCAAGCUAGCCGGCACCUACAAGGAGAAGACCCGGAUCUACGCCAGCCCUCACACGCUCGUGCGCUCCCCUCCGGUGAGGAAAUCUGGUUUACGGACGCGAGGGGCAGGUCAGUCGAUCCUGAUCUCGUUCCAGACGCUGUUAAGCACGCUGCGAUUCAGCUGGCUCUCGAUAUCCCGAAGCCCGGCGUGCGUGGAGGCGGACUGGACAUCGCGGUCUGCGUGAAGCGCAAAAAGAAGAAGCUUAAGACGCACUUUGACAGAUCGGACGGCUCACCGCUGUUUGCAUGCGAUCACUGUCUGGACGAAGACGGCGUCUGCCUCAGGCGGGUGGACACUGGAUUCCUCGCCCGGUGCCGCGCCGGGACGGACCCGGUUCAGUGGAUGAGCUAAGAGACUGGGUAGGCGGCAGUACCUAGGUAUCAACACUCGCUAGCAUCAUGUAUCGAGCAUCUUCGCUGCAAAAUCUGCCAAUUUCUCGUAUGGGCCGAGGCCUCGACACCACAUGUAUGAUAGCUCACUGCGCAUUUACAGAUAUAUCCCAGCAAUGUAAAGCAGAU